AUGCCUUCAGGUUCCAAUCAUUUCGCACGUGAUGAGGAUUUCAUGGGAAGUGACGAUGAGAAUGAGCAAGUUCAUCAGUCUUUGGUUGAAACUUUGGAAUGUUUGGAUCUUGUUAGUGAACGUGUUGCAGCACACCGAUCUGUCACUGGGGUUCUGGCCUCUCAUCCUGAGGCUAGAGAUGUGCAGUUCUCAAAUUUGAGCAUCACUUUUCAUGGAAGAGUCCUUUUAGCUGAUACUCGUUUGGAGUUGAACAAUGGUCGAAGGUAUGGAUUAAUUGGUUCAAACGGUUGUGGAAAAUCUACUCUUCUUGCUGUCAUAGCAAAUGCAGAACUUCCUAUACCACCACACAUUGAUAUCUUUCUAUUGCAACGUGAAAUGACGCCAACUAGCAAAACUGCUCUGGAGUGUGUGAUGGAAGUAGACGAAGAACGUGUACGUUUGGAGAAGGAAGCCUCUCUACUGGCAAUGAACGACGAUCCUGAAACAAAUGAACGCUUGUUGGAAGUCUAUGAACGAUUGGAGCAUUUAGAUGCUGAUAAAGCUGAGGCAAAGGCUGCUGAACUUCUUCAUGGUUUGGGAUUUACAGCUGAAAUGCAAAACAAACAGGUUCGUCACUUUAGUGGUGGUUGGCGAAUGAGAAUCGCUCUUGCUCGUGCUUUGUUUGUUCGUCCUGCUCUACUGCUUUUAGAUGAACCAACUAAUCACUUGGAUUUGAAUGCUUGUGUUUGGUUAGAACGUCAACUAAUUAAUUACCCCCGAUGUUUGGUUGUAAUUUCUCACUCUCAAGAUUUUCUAAAUGGUGUUUGUAAUCAUAUUAUUCUGAUGAACAGACAGAAACUAACCUAUUUCGGUGGUAACUAUGAUCAGUAUGUGCGUACAAGAUGUGAGUUGGAAGAGAAUCAGAUGAAACGGUUUAAAUGGGAACAAGGUCAAAUUGCUUCUAUGAAAGACUAUAUAGCUCGAUUUGGACAUGGAAGUGGUUUGGCUGAACGAGUUGAAGGUGAUAAGACAUUGACAUUUUACUUUCCUGAUCCUGGAACUAUCCCACCCCCUGUUAUUCAGGUUCAGCAAGUCAGUUUUCGAUAUGGACCAGGAAAGCCGUGGAUUUACCGUAACCUUGACUUGGCAAUCGAUUUAGACAGACGUGUUGCUUUAGUUGGUCCAAAUGGUGCAGGUAAAUCAACCCUGUUAAAAUUAGUUGCUGCUGAGUUGGAUCCAACUGAUGGCCUUAUUCGUCGACAUUCACAUAUUCGUAUAGGUCGUUAUCAUCAGCAUUUACAUGAAAUGUUAGAUAUUAAUUUGACUGCAGUUGACUGGAUGAUGCAGUGUUAUCCAGAAAUUAAAGAACGUGAUGAUAUGAGAAAGUUACUUGGACGUUAUGGUUUGACAGGACCUCAACAAGUAUGCCCAAUUCGUACACUGUCUGAUGGCCAAAGGUGUCGUAUUAUAUUUGCUUGGCUUGCUCAAAAAGCUCCUCAUCUUUUACUGUUAGAUGAACCUACUAAUCAUUUGGAUAUUGAAACGAUAGAUUCAUUAGCUGAUGCUAUUGAUGAUUUUGGGACUAAUAUCUCAGGUUGCUAA